AUGGCGCGCCCGGACCUCGUUCCGACGCUGCGGGAGCUGUGCAUCCGCGUGGUGUCGGACACGUUCGAGAAGCGGCCCACCUUCGUCGGCCUCCAGGCAGAGGACAUAAAAUCGAUCACAGAGCGGCUUCCGCUCGACCUCCCGCUGGAACUCGCGGGCGACGUGAUAGAUGACGAGCGGUACUGGUGGCGGCGGUCCACGCGGCGGUGGCGCAACAGCGAGGUGGGCGCGCACGGCAACAGUUGGAAGCAGCUGUACUUCGAACGCAACCUGCAGGACGCCCUCGAGCAGUUCGACCCGGAAAUGUCCGACCUGGACCAGCUACGGCGACUGCUCUCCUACAGCGCCCGGUUCGUCCGUUUCCUGGAGAUCACGCAGCUUCCGUCCCACCUGGACCUCGCGCACAUCUUCGACUGCCUCGACGUGUCCCUCUGUGGGCUCUCGCUCACCUACGGGAUGCGCGACGUGGGGAUGGACUUCGAGCGCGGCCUGUUCGGGAUGCGCCUGCCGGACUGCCGCUCCCUCGCGCGCUGCCUCGAGUCCUGCGAGGCCCUGACGUGCCUGUCGCUGUCCAACAACACCCUCGACGACGACGGCGUGCGCAUGCUCAUGUCUGGCAUGGUCGACAACCUCUCCGUGACGCACCUCGACCUCUCGUGCAACAAGAUCGCCGACAGAGGUGUGCGUGCGCUGGCCAAGGUGCUGGACUCGCGCUGCACGAUCACGAGCCUCGACCUGUCGGACAACGUCAUCCACCAGGAGGGGGGCCGGGCGCUGGCACGCGCGCUGAAGCAGGCGCCCGCGCUCACGCGCCUCAACCUGGCGCUGAACCAGAUCGGCGACGAAGGCAUCCGCGCCAUCUCGCACGUCCUGCAGGACGCGUGGGGCCUCACGCACCUCUCCCUCAGCGCCAACUCAGGCAGCAACGAGUGCGUUGGGGAGCUCGCGGCGCUGAUGCAGACGAACACGGUGCUGCGGAUUCUGGACGUGUCGUGUAACGAGCUGGGGCCGGCGUCGGGGCCGAUCAUCCUGGACGCGCUCGCGCAGAACGAGGGUCUGACGAAGCUCGACGUGCGCCUGUGCGGCCUCGAGACGGAGGACAUGCUGCGCGUCGAGCAGGCGCUGCGGCAGCGGCAGGACGCGGAGAUCACGGAACGCGUCAUGGGGCGGUAG